GUCAUGGUCUGCGUCUGUCUUCCCCAUGUGUCUCCUGGUGUCCUCCAUCCCUCUCUAGAUUCCCUCUUGUGUCUCUUUGUUCCCCAGCUCCUCUUGUGCUCCACUCCAUGUUCUCCCCUUGUGUUGUAGCCCUUUAGCGCCCUCAUGUGUCCUUGUCUGUAUCCCUGUUGUGUGUCUUAUGCUGUAGCUCUUUGGCGCCCUCAUGUGUCCUUUUUCUGCGUGUCAGUUUAGUGUCUUAUGUUUAUAGUCCUUUAAGUCUAGUCCUCCCAGGUUUUGUGUCAUCUCAUUCUUCCCCAGGUCCUCCAGGUCUCGUUUACAUUCUGUGUCCUUGUAGUCCCCAGCUUCCUUGUCCCCAGCUCAACGUGUGUGUGUGAGAUCCAGUCUCCUGCUCAGUUUGUGUGUUUGUGUGUGUUGUUCUGUGUGUGUGUGUGCUUGUCCAUUCCCCUUUCCCGUUUAUAUAUUAGUGCCUUGGUGUGUGUGUAUUAGUCCUUCCCGCAGCCUUUAGAUUUAGUUUUGGUGUCUUAGAGUUUCUUAGGUUUAUUUGGCCCUCCUCUGUUUCUGUUUGCCCAUUUUGAUUAUUAGGUUCACCUGUCUUCCCUCCAGCUCACUUCACACACCUGCUCCCAUUUUCCCUAAUCACUUCUCCCAGCGUAUUUAAGCCCUGUCUGUCUCUGUGUUCUUGUCGGUCCAUUGAAUGUUUGUUAUUCUGUCAGUCUCGUCUCGUUUGGAUUACCAGUGUUCUUUGCCCCUUGGACUUUCUAGAGUUUUUGAUCUCCAGAGCUUAUCUGGAAUUUUGGACUUCUGGCUCGCUGCCUGGAUUUACUUUUGUUCCGCCUUCAAAAUAAAGAAUUUUACUUUUCAUCAUCUCUGCCUCGUGUCAUCCUGGGUAACUGCAUAUUUGGGUCCUAACAUCCUCAGAACGUGACAGAAUGGACCGACCAACCAGGACCCAGCGGCCACGGAUGUACACCUUCCACGGCGACCCGGACUCCUGUAAGACUUUUCUUCUGGACUUUGUUAGGCUUCAUGACACGGACACGCCAGACAUUGAUCUGGUAAUUAACCUGGUGUUCCUCCUAAGGGGGAGAGCUCUGCAAUGGGCCAGCCUAUAUUUUGAUCAGAAUCCAAUUCAGGAGUUGGUGUUUUGGGACUUCGCAGAGGAUCUGCUGGACGCCUGCAGCAGCCCACAGUUUCCCUCCUUCUCUGUGGAUUAUAAUCCAUCAGCAAGCGCCAUAUUAAGAGCUGCCUUCUCAGCAUCUAAAAAGCACCACGCAUCCACAUCUCCGCCUGGUUCUGACAGCACCACCACUUCCUCUACGGUGGGCUGCCACCACACUUCUCCAACUGUUCCUGCCGUCUCCAUAACUCAGCCUCCUAUGGUCUGUGUCACCACACCUCCACCAGUUCCAGAGAGCUCUACCACACCCUCACCUGGUCCCGACAGCACCACCACUUCCUCUCUGGUGGACGCAUCGCACCUCGCCUCAGCGGUGGUCCAGGUGGACGCAUCGCACCUCGCCUCAGCGGUGGUCCAGGUGGACGCAUCGCACCUCGCCUCAGCGGUGGUCCAGGUGGACGCAUCGCACCUCGCCUCAGCGGUGGUCCAGGUGGACGCAUCGCACCUCGCCUCAGCGGUGGUCCAGGUGGACGCAUCGCACCUCGAGGACGCAUCGCAUCCUGCCUCGGCAGUGGAGGACACACGGGCUCUGGUCCAGGCCGUCCACGGGCCCCCGGGCCAGAAGUCGAUGCCUCCCGUCUCGGGCCCCCAAGAGGACGCUCCCGUCUCGAGCCCCGAAGCGGACGCUCCCGGCCCGAGCCCCGAAGCGGACGCACCCGGCCCGAGCCCCGAAGCGGACGCACCCGGCCCGAGCCCCGAAGCGGACGCACCAGUCUCCCCACACGUGUUCCAGUUCCCCAAGCCUCAAGUGUUCCCAUCUCGAGUGUUCAAGUCUCCCAGCCUCCCGAGUCACAAGCCUCCCAUCGUGGUCUUUGUCCAGAGUCCCCUGUUGGUAGUGGUCCUGUGUCCCCUCUUAGUCAUGGUCUUUGUCCAGUGUCCCCUGUCGUCUUAG